AACAAGAUUGACCAGAUCUCAAUGGAGGAAGUGGAUCGUCUUGCCCGGAGACCCCACAGUGUUGUAAUCAGCUGUGGCAUGAAGCUGAACCUGGACUACUUGCUGGAGAAGCUCUGGGAAUACCUUGCACUCACCUGCAUCUACACCAAGAAACGAGGGCAGAGACCAGACUUUACAGAUGCCAUUAUUCUACGGAAAGGGGCCUCUGUGGAGCACGUGUGCCAUCGAAUUCACAGGUCAUUAGCCAGCCAGUUCAAAUAUGCCUUGGUGUGGGGGACAAGCACAAAAUACAGCCCACAAAGAGUGGGUUUAACCCAUAUGAUGGAGCACGAAGAUGUCAUUCAGAUUGUCAAGAAGUAACCCUCUUGGCUGGUGCCUGGCCUUGUCUCUUAAUUGCUAGAAUUGGAACUGAUCACAUAAAAGCAAAACAAAACAAAA